AGGGAAUCGAGAGGUGAGGUAUGAGGCUUCGUGGCAACCGUGGCCUGGGUGAUAAGUAUGAUCGGUCUACAUUCCAAGGCCCGCAUUACAAGUAUCUGACAGCAUUCCUGAAGAUCAAGCGACCAGCCAGUAAGUGGGGUUGAAAAUUACUGACGCGCCGCGCGUGGUGAGAGAGAUACUAUCGCCCUGCCAUGUCAAAAAGGCUAACGAAGAUUAACUCUUUUGGUCCGUGGCAGGAAAAGCAGAGGCAUGUCAUUGAUCAUCCCAGCCCUUGGGAUGGCCGUUGUCGAAAAGACCUACCUGAAAUUUUGUAUUUGAUGAGUGAAUGGAUUGAGUUGUCAUUGUGGACAGAUAACUGGUCAGCCCAUGCACUUUCAUUCACCUCCGAUACUUCUAAUUCCGGCGCGUACCGUACAUCAACCCCUGACUCCGGCCCAGACUUUGAGAUUGUGCACAUCUGUAUAAUUAUAGCUGCGUCCAGAGGAGGGAUGAAGAAGUUGCAGCGAGUAAGGACAGAAGUUCACCUCACGUCCUAGACUCGGUG